ACAUUUUCUCUUGCGGGACUUGCAGGUAACACACGCCAAAGUGGGUUGAUAACUCGGUGGAUUCAUACUAGUUGCUUUGAUAACCUCGAUGAGCCUGGUGGAGGCUUUGCAAAUUUCUCCUUAUGUUGGCUAGUGGAGGUUGACGGACGGACGAGGUGGGAAUCUGAUCGGUCAGCAGCCUCCGCAACUUGGCGGGCCCGCCAUGCUGCCCGCAGGAGGGUCCGCUCGGCCAAUCAGAAUGAACAGCAAACGCCCAAGCUCAGGUCAAACACUUUCCAUUCGUCGAAGGCGGAAUUCAUUAUUCAUUAUAAAUCCAAUAUCGAGUAGAGCACAAAAUCCUAUGCUCAAGUGGACUGGAGUAUAAGUAUUCCUUUCCUUUCCAUCUGAAAUCCAAACUUCUCAUCAUCCCAAUACCGCCACUUUCUCCAUCAAGACUUCACAAGACUUCACAAAACUCAUUCUCAGAACCCCUGACUUUCACAAUGGCUCCCAUAAUCUUCAUUACAGGCAUCUCAGGCUACAUCGGUGGCCAAGUCCUCCAUGACAUAACAAAGAAGCACCCCGAAUACCAGGUCCACGGCCUCGUCCGCACCAAGGAGCAACAGCAACAGAUCGCUUCGAAGUAUCCUUUCGUCAAAACAGUCAUUGGAGACUUAGACUCAGCUGAAGUCUUGAAAGCGGAAGCUGCCCAAGUGGACGUCGUUCUCCCAGACGCGGACCACAAUCCCUCCAUCCUCUACCUUCUCCCUUCUCUCCAAAAGACGGGGACAUUCAUCCAGCUCUCGGGUGCAGCUUCAAUCUCUACCGCAAGCAACGGACUCGGGCAACUCACAACCAAGAAAUGGUCUGACAUUGCGGAUCUGAAGGAAAUCACGACUUUUGAUCACUCGCACUUGCACGCUGUUACGGACCAGCUUGUUCUAUCUGAAGGCAAGAAGCAGGGCAUCAGAACAGCGGUUGUGGUCCCUCCCGGCGUGUACGGCACUGGACAAGGGGAAGUCAAGAAGACGAGCAUGGUGUUGCCUUGGUACGUUGACGCCGUCAAGAAGCGUGGACGAGGCUUCACGCUGGGAGAGGGCACGAACGUAGCUUCCGUCAUCCACGUGCGCGAUCUCGCUGCUGCAUUCAUCUUGCUUGUUGAAGAGGCAUUGAAGGAAGGAGGGGGGAGGGCGGACUGGGGAGAGGAGGGGUGGUAUUAUGUUGAGGGUGGGGAGUACGUGUUUCGCGAGAUGGCGGGGGCGAUUGUAAAGGGGAUGAAAAAGAAGGGGUGGAUUGAGAGGGAGGGUGUGGAUGAGAUUAAGAUUGAGGAGGCGAAGGAGCUACAUCCUUAUGCGGAGCUGCUUUGGGGGAUUAAUAUGAGAGUUAAUGGGGAGAGAAUUAAGGCCUUAGGAUGGAGUGCGAAGGAGGAGAGCGUGUUUGACAGUAUUCCGGAAUUGCUUGCGGAUUAG